AUGUCGAAUCAGGGACCACUCUUUAAUUUUCGCCGUAGUGAGAACAAUUAUGAAUACGGGACUCACAUAUGGGCUAUUGUGAGUGGAUCAUUGUACCUUCGUCCUUUGAUAAAGGAACCAUAUGGUGAAGCACAGUCCUACUACCUCCCUGUACUUUCCAAUACUGCCUGGGUCUACGCUGGCUUUACGUACGAUUUCCAGACUGGGAUGGUUAAGUUGUGGGUGAACGGGGUCGAGGCAGGUCAGCUUCAGAAUACCCCUCAGCUGAAUCUUAUCACCGAUACCCCUGUGCGUAUGGGAGCCAGACACAGCUCCGCAGCAGAUACGAGAUAUUUUUCUGGUGCCAUUAAGUGUGUCCAAUGGUACGGAACUGUUUUAUCUGCAGAACAGAUCCAGCAGACCGUAGAACUGUGCAGAGAGCCUAUUUAUGGUGCACAGCUUAAGGUUCACCAAGGCUACGUUAUGGGUAUUGACGCAUCCCUUACAUACAGGACCGAGCAUGACGUCCACUCCCUCACAGAAUGUGCCGCCCUCUGUUGCCGAGACUGCAGCUGUCUAUCAGUGAAUUUUUUGGAGACUACGGCAACCUGUGAGCUCAGCAAGUACUCCAACGUCUACAACAGCAGCCUAGAGCUUACCCGACGUUCAGACCGCGAGGUGUACGCCGAACUGUUGCAUCCUGGAAAUAAAUUGUACCACUAA